CCAUUGUCGCAGCUGAAAAAGUUCUCAUGGGAUGGGCCAUGACACUUAGAAAAGGCCAGCAGCCCAAAGCCAGCCUAGGCAAGUAAGCAGAGCAUGAAAUGAAUGAUGAAUUCCGGCCCUCUGUCGGUUGUCCCACUCGGCCAGUCUUAUCCCUUCCUUCCCAACUCCAAUUUCUAAGGUAAACAUUACUUUCCCAUGAAAGAUAUUUUCUUGCAUUAUAUUGACACCGACUGCUUAUCUUUUCCCAAAAUUUGGGUCAAACAGAGCUGCUUUUUCUGCUUCUCAAAGGCCUCCAUGAUCAAAACCAUCUUGUAUACUUCAGGCUUUACAUCAUUCAAAAUUUUCUUUUCAUAUCAAUGGCAACUCUCUCUGUAAACCAUUCUUUUUACUGCAAAAAUAUUUCAGUUGAAGAGCUGAAAAGUAGGAGCAGGAACUGUCCCAGAAUUCUCGUCGUUUUAUCUUGCCAAAACAAUGAACCAAUGGAGAGAUCAGCAUCAAUAACAAAGAAAGAAGAGAAGGAGAAGAGGCAAUUGUUUUCACAAGCUUUUGCUAGUUUACACAAGUUUGGCAGAGGAUUGAAGGAAAAUAUGAGUCCGCAACAGAAGGGUGACUGGAAGGAUUUGAUGUUAAUGAGUUUGUCAUUUGCUGUUUAUGUUUAUAUGUCUCAAAAGAUUGUUUGUGCCUACUUUGCUUGGAUGUCCAUGCCCAAACAAUCAUGGUAGCCACCUUCAGCAUAUUCGGUAUCCGGUUUCAUCAUGAAGUUGAAAUAGGAUGCUGAGAAUUAAUUACUUUCCUGUUUGUUCAUAGCAAUUUGGAUUCUGCCAUGUCCCGUCCUGGAAAUAAUAUAGUACUAUUUUUAUUUAGGUUCGUUUGGUAGUUGAUACUGUAAUUCAAUGACUGAAUACGCCUCCACGGUUCAAUUGCGUUUGUGUGAUUAAUUAUGAAAAUCUAAUUUUAA